GUCGAGUUAAAUUCCACGGUGGCGGGCUAGACCGAAUAUUAAUUGAAGUUUUAUUUGUUAUCUCGUGUGUAUUACUUUAAUAUUACUGAAACAGUAAUUAUGUAGCUCUGUGUUAAUCUGCAAAGUGUUGUUUAGUGUGUUGUUAUGGUACUUUUGACCGUUUUCUGUGAUGUCAAGCUGUCGAAGUAACGGUAUUGUUGUGCUGUGAACCACUGGUUUUGUAUCAAAUCGAACACACCUAGUGCUGAGCCCAUUUUUGUGUACAAAAAGUACAGGAUGCAACGCGUGUGAUUUUUGACUGACCUUAUUUACGAUAACCAAAGAUGGAGACGAGAUGGAAAUGGGUGCUCAUCUGGACAGCUCUUUGUUUUACGUCAGGCUCAACAAAUAUGCUGCCAGUGUUCACACAGGAUAUGAACAACCUCGCGUUAUCAGAGAGCACGCCAGUAGGAACUAUAGUCUACAAACUGCAAGGAACUGACCCUGAAGGAUUACCGAUAAAAUACAGUUUGGUGGGCACAGACAAGUUUUCGGUGAACCCUGACACCGGUGACGUCACGUUAGAACGACCGCUUGACAGAGAAGUGGAAGAUACGAUAAAGUUCUUGGUCUCCAUAGAAGAUGAGGACCCUGCCAAGGUGCAGAACUUGGUGCAGUCACAGCCCGUCACUGUCAUCGUGCUCGACGAGAAUGACAACCCGCCUAUGUUUAAAAAUAGUCCGUACGAAGUGAACGUACCCGAAGAUGAAGAGGUUGGGAAGACUCUCCUGGAUAAUAUUAUCGUUGAAGACAGGGAUUCCGUAGGAGACAAUUUGGAAGUAGGCUGUGUACCUAACGAACAGUGGCCCGAAGCCUGUGAAACCUUCGAAGUAGUAGCCCUAAACUCCUCAGCUCACCAGUACACCGGCGCGCUGGUACUGAGGAAACCCCUAAACUACAACGAGAGGCAGUUCUACCAGUACCAGCUGUAUGCUACCGAUGGCAGCCUAAACUCGACAGCUCACGUGGAGAUCAAAGUGGUGGAUGUCCAGAACUCUCCCCCGGUGUUCAGCGGCGCACUUAGUGGAGCCCUGGCUGAAGAUGCUCCAGUCGGUACUCUGGCACUGACGGUGAAGGCAAGAGACGCUGACAGAGCUCAGCCCAGGAGUGUUGUUCUGGAAUUGGUUACUAAUCCAUUGGAUUUCUUCUUGCUAGACAGAAAUACAGGAGAAUUGAGAACAGCUAAACCUCUGGACAGAGAAGCGUUAGCAGAUCCAUCAUCUCCUCUCAAUCUUACAGUUAGAGCAACAGAAGUAGUAAACGGUGUACCAGUAAUAUCGGAUCUGACCUCCACCCUGGCGACGGUGACCAUCACCAUAAAAGACGUGAAUGAUGAACCACCUCGCUUCAACCGCCGCGAGUACAGCGUGGAGAUACCUGAGAGCUUGCCUGUGGGGACUCCGCUGCCGAACCUGGAUAUGGUCGUCACUGAUACUGAUGUGGGUUUGAACUCCGUAUUUACUCUACGUCUAUCAGAUGAGAUGAGAGCCUUCAUAGUGGAGCCUGCGACAGCUACUGGCAGUGCCUCAGUCACAUUGAGGCUGAACUCUAGUCUAGAUUACGAAGAUCCUAAUCAGAGGAAGUUUAUUUUGGAGGUGAUAGCAGAAGAACUACACACAUCCCCCCGGCUGUCGUCGAAGGCGAGCGUGACGGUGUCGCUGACGGACGUGAACGACAACGCGCCGCAGUUCGCGGAGGAGCCAUACUCCGCCGCCCUCGCUGAGGCCGCCCCGCCCGGGACAUGGGUCGCUGCCAUACGGGCCACUGACCGGGAUACUGGCAGAUUCGGCACAGAAGGUAUAGUGUACCAACUUUCCGGUAACGGCGCCGAACUGUUCCAAGUGGACAAUCGCAGCGGAGUGAUCACCGUCGCGCCCUGCGACACGCCCGGGGUCGCGCCCUGCCUCGACUACGAAACUAGAAAGGAUUAUUUCUUACAGUAUAAGGCCACGGACGACGACGGCUCGGGUCAGAACACAGUGGUGUCCCUGCAGAUUUCGCUGACGGACUCCAACGACAACCCGCCAGUGUUCCACACUCCCGUGUACAAAGCAUCUAUUGAUGAAGAUGCUGUGAAGUUUGAGCCAGAAUUACAGGUUCAAGCCCGAGACGUGGACAUAUCAUCCGACAUCCGCUACUCGAUCCUCGACCCCCCGACCCACCCGUUCUGGAUAGACCCCAUCAACGGCAAGAUAUCCGUGCGGCCUGACUCCAACGGGGUCUCGCCGCCUGAAGACAGUAAUAAGAUAUUCUUGACUGUGCUGGCCACAGAUGGCGUGCACAACGCGACAUGUAAGGUAGAGGUAACAGUUCGCGACGUGAACAACCACGCUCCUGUCUUUGACACUGACAAAUAUGAUGCCGAUAUCUCCGAAGAUGCUCCUAUAGGUACGGAAGUCGCAGCAGUUCGUGCCACAGACCUGGACAGCGGCAUGAACUCCGAGCUGAAGUACUGGAUACAGAAGGGGGCGCUUGACUCCUUUGCCAUACACAACGACACCGGAGUUGUUACUGUAUCGUCAAAGUUGGAUUAUGAUAAACGAAACACGUAUCGGAUACAGAUUGUUGCUACGGAUUUGGGAAUACCAAGUCUAACCGGCACGACAGAGCUGACAGUCCACGUAAUUAACGUGAACGACAAGAAACCAUACUUCACGCCGCCCAUACAACGCGCCGAAGUGUCAGCUGAUGCAGACCUAGGAGUCAUUGUACAUAACCUCAUUGCUGUGGACCCCGAUAUCAUGGACAAUGGAUCCUUAGUGUAUGAAAUGGGGGAUAAAGUCAUCAGGGCUGUGGAUAAGAAUGGAAAGGAGGUAUCAGACGAAGGUAUCUUCGGCACGUGGUUCACGGUACAGGCGAAUGGUUCAGUGGUAGUGUCCCAACAACUGGACCGAAGUCGCGCGGCCGUACUCACCCUACCUGUGUCCGUUACUGACGCGUCCGCACCCACGCUGCAACGAGCUGAUGAAAGCAGGGUAAUACCGCCGCCAUCCCUCCAAUCCAGUAAAGGCGACAGUUUAGCCAGACGGCGUAUCUUAGAGGAACUGUCGACGACAGAGAACCCGCUGUGGCUGGAGACCAAACUCCGGCCGUACGAGGAACAGGAGCUCACUAUGAACGUCUUUGGAGACUUGAAUGAACAAACCGCCACUGAACCUGCACCGACGGACAAUACAUACGCGACGAUACAGGGCAGUCGGACGACCGAGAGGUUUGGCGACUACGCGACGCUGGGCGGCGACUCGCCCACGCCAUUAGAAGCUGCCCUUGGAUUCCAGGGUAGCACAUUCAAACCGCCGACUCCAGACACGCCGGAACCUCCACCCAGACCUUCAGGGUUAGGCGCACUCUGAUGAUACGUCGAAAACAAAAUGGUGGAAGAUAAUAAAUGCUAAGUGUAAAUAUACGGUAACUAGUUAGUGCAUGUUGGCAAUGUGUUAUAACAUAACAUUAACGAUAUUACUCGUUUUGUAACAUUUUGAGAAAUGUUAUAAAUACAAAUUACCAG